GAAGGGUUCACAGCGUGACUGGCUGUGUCCUAUAUGGGGUUAAAGGCCCUGGGGAUCCGUCAACAUUGUGUGACUUCCGGGCCAUGCUUGGUGUUUCUCCCAUGGCGGCCAUGGAGCCUGUGAGGAAGCUGCUGAUAAAGUUUUUUUCCAUGGAGAGGCUGGGGCGGGCGCUCACUGACUCACUGUCCCAGAGGUGGGCUAGGCCCCCAGGAUGCCGGGCCAUGUGUGUAUCCCCCAGCCCUGCCUGUGUGGGGGCCAGGCUGCGUGUGAGCAUGAGGACAAACAUGCAGCCCCUGAGGGCAUGGCCAGGGGGCAGUGCCAGUAACCACUACCACCACUGCUGCACAAGGACCUUCUCAUUGUCAGCUCAGGGCAGGUUGUGCUGGAGCUGCCAGGCUGCCAUGACCAUGGAUGAACUAUUCUGUCCCGCCUGUCACUCCCUGCAGCCCCCUGAUGAAACCAAGGAUUAUUUCCAAGUUCUAGAUUGUGAGAAAACAUUUGACGUCAAUAUUCAAGAACUGCAAAAAAAAUAUCGGAACCUUCAACGCUUCCUUCAUCCAGAUUAUUUUAGUCAAAAAUCACAUGUGGAGCGGGAAAUGUCAGAAAAACAGUCGUCUCUGGUCAACAAAGCCUAUAACACACUUCUAUCUCCUUUAAGUAGAGGAAUAUAUUUGCUGAGCCUCCGUGGUAUUACUUUGGAAGAAGGAACAGACAGUGUUGUCGAUCCACAAUUUCUCUUUGAAAUACUGGAAAUCAGUGAACAACUUAAUGACUGUAACAUUAGCAGUGAAAUCGAAGAUAUUGGGAACUUUGUACAAGAAAAAUAUGAUUCUUUGACUGGAGAAGUUAGAAACGCUUUUCAACAAGGUGACCUUCAUGGAGCUAAACUGCUUUUAGCAAAGAUGAAAUACUUCUCAAAUAUACAAAACCAAGUUAAGAAGAAAAUAUUACCAUAGCUAUUUCUACUGAUCUAAUCCUUACUGUAAUAUACAUGUAGACUACCAAUAUGCUCUAGAACUUUGCUGCCAAUGCUAUCAAGUGAAAACACUCAUCUCAUGCCAAUUUGGCAGAAAAUCUCUCUCCUCACACCUAACCAUGAUGGCACACAACUUAACUGGGCAUUAUAUUAUGCUUGACUUUUAUAUGACCUUUGUAUUUUGACUAAAUGAAAUGUAGUUGUGUGCUCUCUAUACACCUGGACUGUAGUUUUUAAUAAAAAAAAAAAAUACAAUCUAGCAUUAAUUUCACUUUAAA